AUGCGAUCUUUUCAAUUAAGUGAGAGUUUUAAUUCUGAGUUGAAAAAUCAUUUGAAGUCAGAUUUAAAUUUAGUACAAUUUUUCACACAUUUUGAAAGAGUUGUUAGUAAACAACGGAACAAUGAGUCAGAAGCCGUUUACGAGUCAAGACACGAGUUGCCUAAAUUAAAAAUGAAAAGGGCUCCUAUGCUUAUACAAGCCGGAAACAUUUACACUCCAACAAUCUUUGAAGAAUUUCAAGAAGAGUAUGAAGAAUAUCUAGGCACUUGCGUAAAGAAUUUGGAAGAAGGAUCGUAUGUUGUUACAAACUAUGAUAAUAGUAAGGAGCGGACAGUAAUAGGGAAUCUCGUAGAUCAAAAGGUUGAAUGUGAUUGUCAUAAAUUUGAGACGUAUGGCAUCUUAUGCAGUCAUGCUUUAAAAGUUUUAGAUGUUAUGAAUAUUAAGUUAAUUCCUCAACACUAUAUAUUGAAGCGGUGGACAAGAGAUGCAAGGCUAGGAAGUAAUCAAGAUUUAAAAAGGCAACAUAUUGAAUUGGAUAUAAAAGCCCAUUUCAUGCAGCGGUACAAUGAGUUAUGUCCUCGAAUCGUUAAGUUGAUCAACAAAGCAUCAGAAUCUCAUGAAACUUACACAUUUUUGUCCAAAGUUUAUGAAGAGUCUGAUAGAACAAUUGAUUAUAUGUUGGCUAAAAAGUUUGUGGCAGGAGAAUCACUUGAUAUGCGUCAUGCAUCGAUGUCGAUUGGCAAUGAAAAAAUUGACAGCAAUGUGGAAACUGUUGAUGUUGGUGGAGAAAAGAGUAUAAAGAAGCUGAGAUUGUUCAAAUAA